AUGGAGGCCACGGCCGCCGCAGCCGCUGCUCGCGGCGUUUCUCUUCAGUUGCAGACUCCGCCUCGGAAAGAAUGGCGCGCUGUUGCCGAACAUCAUCAUUCCGCGAGAAACCCUGACAGCGAGGAGUUACAAAACCCAAAACUAGGGCAAUCAGACGAGAGAACCAUAUAUGAGGUGCAGCAAGGAAGAGAGCCUGUGGAUGUUGACUUUUGUUCGAUAACAAUGGAUGGAACAUUAGACAAUGAUAUUUUACAGCAACAGAUCCAUACUGUUGUUAGACAAAGGCAUGAAAUACUGCAGAUGGAGAUUGAAUUAAAAGCUCAAAUCUUUGCCAGAUCUGAGAUGAUGGAAAUGAGAAGCACCUUUGAUGCUCAACUCAAGGAGCAUACUAACAAUGCCAAGAAGUUUCAGGAGCAACUUUGUGAAAGGGAACGUGCAAUUCAUGAACUGGAAAGGAAAAUGGAAGAGAAAGACAGAGAGCUGCAUAAUAUUAAAUUAGACAACGAAGCGGCAUGGGCAAAACAAGACCUUCUCCGUGAGCAAAACAAAGAAUUAGCAUCUUUCAGAAGGGAGCGCGAUCAUUCUGAAGCUGAAAGAGCUCAACAUAUACAACAAAUACAUGAUCUGCAAGAACAUAUUCAAGAAAAAGAUAGACAACUUAUUGAGUUGCAGGAACAAAAUAGGGUUGCUCAGGAGACAAUUAUGUUUAAAGAGGAACAGGUUAGAGAGGCCCAAGCAUGGAUAGCCCGUGUCCGGGAGAUGGAUGUUUUCCAGUCAACAACGAACCAGUCAUUACAGGCAGAACUGCGAGACCGCAAUGAACAAUAUAAUCAGCUAUGGAUGGGUUUCCAGAGACAGUUUGCAGAGAUGGAGAGACUCCAUUUGCAUACUAUUCAGCAGUUACAGCUUGAGCUAGCAGAGGCAAGAGAGAGGACCGGAACUUACAAUGAUGAUUCCCGAUUGUCACAAAUAAGUUCGAAAAGUAAUGUAGCUCAGUAUGGGCAAGAAAAUGGAAACCAAUUUGACUUGAAUGGAGGCAAUGCUUCAGGUGGAAAUACUGGUCUCCUUACAAAUGAGAACUCAGAUAAUGCUCCCCCAUUUUCAACUUCAGGCAAUCUGUCAGUUCAGAGUGAUCAUGUUCAUGGCGUCGCCAUUGCUCCAUCACCUUUGAUUGUCCCCCACUCAUACCUCCCACCUGGUCAAGUUGCUGCAUUGCAUCCAUAUGUUAUGCAUCAGCAAGGAGUGCCCAAUUCUGUAGCGUCACAUGUCCCUCAGUCUCAUGUUGGACAUUUUCAUCCAAUGCCUACAAUGUCACCUCUGCAACAGUGGCAAAAUCAACAGGCUGUUUCAGAGGGUUUGCAGGUAUCCAUACAGGACAAUCCUACGUCAUCCCAAGCUGAUCAAAGUUUGAUCAGAUCAGAUGUAAAGUUUAAUUAUGAAAUGUCUGUUAAUGGGCAAACACUUCCUAGAGAAUACACAGAUGCCCAUGUCCACCAAGGCGAGGAAGCACAAACUGUGGCUUCAUCAUCUACUGGGGAGACACAGUCGGUUGAUAAAGAUCAACUUAUUGCUUCCCAACAAAGCUUGCAACAGAUUUCUUCACAGUUCUCUGAGGCCUUAAGAUUGAACUCUUUUAAACCAAAUGGUGAAAUGAAGAAUCCAGUGACACUAUCGAAUGAUGGACCUGCGAGUCAAAUAUUAUUAACUGAGCAAGGAAGUUCUGCUGCAAAUGCACCAUCUGUUGGUGACAUGAUUCAGAACAAUUCUGAUACGGUCUUGUCUGAAGCAUUGGCGUCUACUGGGCAGACAACUUCAACAACCAUUCCUAAGGUUCCAGAGACUGCUCUGCUCGAUGAAAGGUCAUUGUUGGCAUGUAUUGUCCGUACUAUUCCAGCUGCUGGCCGUAUUCGAAUUAGUUCAACGCUCCCUAAUAGACUCGGCAAAAUGCUUGCACCUCUACAUUGGCAUGAUUACAAAAGAAAAUAUGGGAAGCUGGAAGAUUUUGUUACUAGCCAUCCUGAAUUAUUUUUGAUUGAGGGGGACUUGAUUCAACUCCGCGAAGGGGCACAUAAAAUGAUAGCUGCAACUGCUGCAGUUGCAAAAGUUGCUGCAGCUGCUGCAGCAUCUUCUCCUUAUUCUUCGUAUAUGCCCACUGUAGCAGUUACGCCAAUGGCCCAACCUCACCGCCUAAAGAAAUCUCCUUCAACUGACUCCAAAAUGAUCAAAACUGAAAAGGCACUUCAGGAAUAUACAGUCAACUCUUCAAAUAUGGGUGACGAUCCUUCUAAAUUACCAGUAAAUCAGUAUCAACAAUCCAACGGUGCGCACUUCAGUAUUGCCGGAGGCCUUUCAAAUGUUAAAAUUUUGAGUAAACCCAAGGAUUCCCGUGAAAUGAAUGGCCCUGAAAAUAGCAUGGUUCAGCCUUCUGCACAAUUAUCUGUUGGAAAUGGGGGAAGCCUCGACAGACCAAGUAUGAUCAGUGCUCAAAAUUCAGGCCCAGCCAAUGGGAGGCCAAGUGCUGCUGCGUUUCCUUCUCGAAGAUAG